GCUGAUCGUCAAAGAGCGAAGGAAUGGUAUAUGUCGACCAGAACAGCUAGUAGUAGACCCUCAGUUAACUUUCACAACUUGAAAGUUAUGGGCAUGGGUAUUGGGACUAUUGGAAUAUUGGGCAGAGUCAAUAAGGAGUAUGGCAUCAGUUUGGAGAAAAGGCCUUGCAGUGUGAUCCAUGAUGAUGAAGGUGACAGUGACGACUCACUAUGUGAGUCAGCCAAAAGACGAUUGACUUGUGAGCUUCGCAAGGCCCAACCAAAAGGAAUGCCAACAAGCAUUUCGGAAUCAGAUGUUGAAUCUGGGUCUGAGAAUAUGGACGAGAACAAACCUUUACCACUCCAAACGACCAAUGUUCUGUCUGACGAAGACGAUGAAUCGGACGUGACUGGAAUUGUGCCACGCGACUGCCCAGUUAUCAUCAAUGAUGUUAAGGGACUGCAGCUGGGACCCCCACCUCGACAAGAGUCUAAAUGGUUCAUAAACGAGAUCGAUGUCUCAGAAAAGUGGCAUCAAUUUAAACAGAGAUCAUUGAAAUUAGCAAUGGAGAAGGGGCUUUUUGUAGAGAGCCACAUGCAGGAAAUAUUGUUCUUGUCACAUGUUCUCCUGCUAAAACCAAAACAAUAUUCCUCAUUAAUGAUGGAAGUUUUCAGCACUGAAUUAUUGGAGAUGAUGCACAAAGACAUGCUGGAGAGAUUCACUGAACAGGAGACAGAAUUUGACUUCGAGAUUUUUACAAAACUUACACUGAUUGUCAAGCAACUGCGGAAGGGAAAGGUCACAAGGAAUAUUGCAGUUACAGAACUUCAGACACUCAUGAUCAGUCAUUCUUAUGGAGAAGUGUCUAUUUUAAAGGCCAUCAAAAACAUUAUAGAAAGAGUUCCUACAAUCACCUUGAGCAGCCCCCUUGGGGAAGUUGAACUUUGCACUACAUAUAUUGAUCCAGUCCUGAGUCCAAUUAUCGCAGACCCUGAUUGUGAUAUUUUUUUGUGUUGGUCAAAUAAAGAAGUGCCCGAGUCAAAGGCAAGGAAGUUGACAGGUAGGGCAAAACAACCUGAUGCCAUCAUAAACAAUAUUGAACAAUUGUCUUGGGGUUCCAGUAUGGGACAUGGCAAGGCUAAGUGCAUGUUUGGGUUUCAAGUAGUAGGACAACAUAUUUCGUUCUACCUCACUACUCUCUUGUGCGAUGGUCUAUAUGUUAUGGCAGAGAUCGGUCAUCUCGACGUUCCAAUGUCACUCGAACAAAUUCCUGCUUUCCUUUCCAGCCUUGACACGCUUCUCAUCACCACCAAUGCAUACUGGGCAAAUUGUCUGAAGUCUAAUGCCGCCGUUGAAAUAGAAUCAAACAAGUGCAAUACCUCGCUACUCCAAAUUUCAAGGAGUUAA